UUGAGGCAAGAGCUGCGCUGAGGGAGAGGCCGCCCCGCAGAAGCGCCGAGGGCGCCUGACCGCAUCCUUCGCCUCUUCCUCUGAGCCGGCAGGAAGGACGGCGGAGCCGGCUUCUGUCAUUGCCGGGCUGAGGGAGGGAGCGAGGGACGGACGGACGGAGGGGCUCCGCCGGGCUGCCUUUCCCUCAGAGAGGCGCCCCUUCCCUCCCGCGCUUCCAAGGCGUGCGGCGUGAGAAGCCGCCCCAUGGCCGAAGGUAACGGCUCCGUGCCAGGAGGGGACUCGGAGGAAGGCGAGCGCCCGCCUGCGGAGGGUGGGAGCAAGAAGAAGAAGAAAGAGCUGAAGGUGGUGGUGGUGGGCGACGGGGGCUGCGGGAAAACAUCCCUGCUCCUGGUCUUCGCGGAAGGCGCCUUCCCUGAGGUGAGUAGGGGUCCUCCCUAAGCCAAUCGCAGCCCGCUCGCCCUUCCCGCCUUUUCUCCCUCUCGGGUUCCAGAACUUUCCGCCAGAACCCCCCUCCGCCCCGCGAGAGAACCUUUUGGACCAGGCAGGUCUCGCCCACGGGGCCAAUAGCAGGAAAAGUGAGAGGUGGAACCUUCCAUUAGGGUCUGGCGAGGGGGGAGGGCUACCUUACCCAGCUGCCCAAAGGCCAGGAUGGAUGGGCUGCAAGUUCACCGUUGGGGGGGCGGGCAAGGGAGACAGGGCAUGUAUUAGAAAAAGUUUUUUUAAAAAACCAAACCCAGCUUUUGUCAUUUAGCAAAGUGAAAAAGCUGCCCCGAGAAGUGGGUGACGAAGAGCAGAAUGUAUGACAAAAUGUUCUAAGAAAAGGGAAGCAUUAAAUUCCACACACAUCUCUUCUCCCCCCCCACACUUCGCCAACCAAAAUUUUGAGUUUAAUAAAAAAAGUAAACACGUAUAUCCAAUAUUUAUAUUGCAAUUAAUUUAUUUCACCCUGAAAGAGGGUUACCACAAAAAAAGCACCACAAAAAAACCCACGCCACCAAAAGAGGGGAUGGGGGGAGAGAAUAAAAGAGAUUAGGAGACUGAUCAAAAGUUGAGAAUAUCCACAAUUCGCCAGCCCAAACACCUGUGGAAAAAGAGGAAGUGGGUCCCUUUCCCCCCAAAAGGUGUGUAGCACUAAGAUGUACCCCUCAACCUAAAAUCUCACAUCCUAGACACCUGCCCAAAGUCAGUCUUCUAUGGAAAUCAUUCUUCAGGGUUAGCAACAAAUACAGUGGUACCUCGGGUUACAGACGCUUCAGGUUACAGACUCCGCUAACCCAGAAAUAGUACCUCAGGUUAAGAACUUUGCUUCAGGAUGAGAACAGAAAUUGUGCAACUGCGGCGCAGCGGCAGCGGGAGGCCCCAUUAGCUAAAGUGGUGCUUCAGGUUAAGAACAGUUUCAGGUUAAGUACAGACCUCCGGAAUGAAUUAAGUUCUUAACCAAAGGUACCACUGUCCCUUCAGGUACCUCACUAGUCCCUCCAUCCCAACACCUCACUAGUCCCUCCAUCCCAACACAAUUCAGGUAGAUUGGAACAAGCAUAGAAGUAGAUCCCUCGUGCCCACAGGAUUAGAGUUCUUUAUGUCCUUUCCAGUGCCAGCCCACCAUACUUGUCAGCUUGGCUUGCUUAUGGCAUCUGGUUAGACUCUGAUGCCAUUACAGAUUGUGGCACAACGACACAGAGCUCCAUAGUCCGCAAAGUGUUUUCUGGUCAUCUCUUUAAGUAUUUCAGAGGUGUUUGGACAUCCUGAUAUUUUCUAACGUUAGCAAGACUUCUUGAAGGCCUGGAUCUCCAUGGAUCUGGUGAAGCCUGUUUUUUUUAAAUAGUUUAUUAAAUUUUUAUACAGCCCAUCGUCCAUAGAUGGCAGGUCACGGCAUAUUUUCAGCUGUUGGCAGAGAAGUCUGCACAGUAGAAAUGCGAGUGAGUACAUCUUUACGUCCUUUUCACUCACAAGCGUCAGUGGCCGUUGUGGAGCUUCAUGGGAAAGUCUCUUCUAUUAAGGAAAAAUUAAGUUGCACAAUUCAACAGACAUCCAUUCUGAACCAUGUAGUUGUCAUUGCACUCCACCUUGUUCAUGGCUACAAAUACAUCAGCACCAACCGUUGUGGGUUUGUCAGCCUCAUUAUACUCUUGAGAUUGGGCCUCUGGAAAUAAUGACCUUUCUUUUUCUGGUCUCCCAAAUAAGGACGUGGUGGAUUCUUUUUAUACUUUUUUAGCUUGAGUCUGAAAGAUGGCGGCCAGUGUUUUGUCAUGGUCUAUUGCAUAAAGUGCCAUGGAUGUCAUCCAUUUACGACGACGACACUUUUUGCAUCUCUGAGACGAGUCACCUUGCUUCGAACAAUCUCAAUAGCACUUACAAUUGCAAAUGGCAAAUACCGAAAAGAAUCUCCCAUGUGAUAGUAAAAUGCUGUUUUUAAAAAACACUUCCUGCACUGAGUUUCUUUAGCUGGGCAAUUCCUUCUAAUAUUACAAAUAUUUCCACAUCCUGUGUAUUCACUCUGAAAGAGUGGGCCUUUUACAUGUGCAGCAACUGCUUCUAAUGUUUCCUGGAGUAGAUGUUACUUCCACCAGGUCACUUCCCCAAGUUGUAUUUUCUCCCUGUCCUGGGUUUUGAUCAACUGGUUGCCUUCCCAUCUUUAUGGCUUUGUGGCUGCGUUAGCUACAUCUUACACUCUGCUUCAAUCUCUGAGGUGCUCUUAAUCUUUUUUUGUAAAUAUAUUUUUUAUCUCAUUUUAUAACGUAUAUAAAACAGAGAGAAUGUUCAUAACAUUCAUUUAAAAAAACUAAAAGCCCCAAAUGUAACCUUUCCAUCACCCAUAUUUGUUGGCUUGGCUUUUGAAGGCUUGUUUCAGAUGGGAAAAUCCCUUAAACAGAGCAGUUAAAUAGCUUGUGUUAGGGCAGUUAGUCUAGUGUAUCAGCCUUUGCCAACCUGUUGUUCUGCAGCUGCUUUGGACUACAAGUGCUAUCCGCCCCAUGAAAAACAACUAGAGAGUACCAGGCUGGCAAAGGCUAUUGCAUAGGAUGGCAGCCAGAAUUGCAGCUUUCAGUAUAAGUUGGGGGUUUUCCGCUAGAGUUGGUCACAAGAAGCUCUUCAACUCAUAUCUAAACCACAUAGUGGCAGGAUGUGCAGAUGACGUCCUUCCUGUCAUAGCUUUAGCUGUUAGCACAUUUGAAGGUUAGAGUUGCGUACAGGCGUUACAGUAAUUUUCAGAUGUCACAAAACCCUUCCCAGCACUGCUUCCCCACCCUAAGGACAUACUGUGCCAGUUUGCAAGCUACAUAAAUAAUGGUUUUUGCAAUAAAUGUCACUAUUGCACAAUUUGGUGGGUUGAAGGAGGUCCUGAUAGUAAUAGAAUAGUAAUUUCAAGUUCAAAAUUCACUCCAUCAGCAAAUACCCAGAAAGUCUUGCUAUGUGUCUUUCACAAAAUGCGAUGAAGGCUGCAACCCAAUAGAAAAACUUCUCAGGCCUAUUGAACCCAAUGAAAUUUAGUCACAAGUAAAUCCGCUUAGCAACCUUUUCCAACCCAAUCCCCUCCAGAUAUUUUGGCAAAUGUCAAUGUGUUAAAAAGACCCGAUGGGAACAAUAGGUGAAUGAGGAUAAAGAUCCUGGAGGCCAUAAAGUGUGUGAAGGAGGUUAUGCUGAAUUCCCAGCUUAUUUAUUUAUUUAUUAUUUGUAUACCCCCCUUUCCUUCCAAAGGAACCCAGGGCAGCAAAGAAUAAGCAAUAGGACAAAAAUAUUAAAAACAAUUCCAGUGCAGAGGCAGACUGAGAAAGAUCUCAACUCAAAAGUCUUAUUGAAACAGGAAAUUCUUCAGUUGGUGCCGAAACAACUGAGACUGUGUGUGUCUGGAGUUCAAUGGGAAGGAAUUCCAAAGGGCAGGUGCCACAACACUAAAGGCUCAAUUCUGCAUUGUGUGGAACUGACCUCUUGAUAAGGCGGUAUCUGCAGAACAGUUAUCAAUAAGGUAUAUAAAGGCUGAGAUUAAAGAGGCAGAACCAGUGUACCAUGCUAUGGCCUGCAGCCAAGGCUUACGCCAAAUAAAGGAAGAGGAACACCAUGCGGGAUGCAAACUCACUUAGCCCCUGUGCAUGUGUGGCUCUAUUUUAGUCCAUAGGAAGCAGCCACCUUCGCCUCCCCUUUGAGGGCGUGCUCCUCUGCCCAACUUCUUGUUCUCCCUGCAGGCCAACCAGAGAAAGCUGCUGUUUAUCUUGGCAGGAGGGGUACUUUGGUCUAGAAAUCUGCUCCAUUUCAGUGCCAUGGACAUGUGAUUCCUAAACCUAAACACCCAAGUUAUAUCCUCAAGAGUGAUGCUGAGGAUCUGUUGAGAAAAAACAGACACAUGCAGCAUAUUGUUUUCAGAAACUCAGUUACUAUGGUUUAAAAAUCUGGAUGAGAUUUUUUUCCCCCACAGGCCCAUAUAAGUUUAGCACAAACAGUUGGGUCUGGUGAGUAUUUAAGGUUCCCAACCCUAAUCUGCGGGUUGCCAUCUGAUUGGAUUUUAUUCUGAUCCUGAUCUGAUUUUAAGAUGUACAGUAUUUUAAUUGAUUGCCUGAUUUUAUACAUUUGAUGUUAACUGCUCUGAGCCCGGUUUUGGCCAGGGAGGGCGGGGUAUAAAUAAAAAUUAUAUUAUAUUAUUAUUAUUAUUAUUAUUAUUAUUAUUAACUUUUGCAAAAAAAAGAAGGAAAAUAUGGACUUUAAAAUACAUUGCUCAUUAAGCUAAGCAGGGACAGGUUUGUGUGGAACAUCACAAUAUUUACCAACAGCACUGUGCUUCCCUUUCAUUGACAGCAAUACGCUCCUUCAGUAUUUGAGAAAUACACCACCAGCAUCACUCUGGGCAAAAAAGAGGUGCUCCUACACUUAUACGACACUGCAGGUAAUCUCACCCCCCCCCAAAGCAUGUAUCAGCACAACAUCAAUUAUUUCCUGCUGUGGCUGAAAAGAGAUCAAGAGAGGGCUGGUGGGAGAUGAUGAAUGGCUGGGGAAACCAACAGGGUUCUCACUGAGGAUUUCCUUGGUGCAAAGCCUCUGGUGCAAAGCCCACGUUCCAGUGGUCAUCCUAUGUCAAAAUCAUGAAGCUCCACACCUUAAUGUUUGUGUGGUGCUGGCAUGCACUGGAUCUGCAAUUUUUACUGUGCAGUGUACAAACUUGAAUUUUAUGGGUUCUGGCAACACCCUGUGUAAUAUAAUGCAAGUCCAUGAGCUCUGUUUUAAUUCUUCUGGAUCCAGCUUUUACCCAGACCCCACAGAAAGCGAGAAUGAAUGAGUGGUGCAUAUGUGUGCUAAUAAUCUAGGACUGUCACGAACAACUCUGUGCACCAAGAUCUCUGGCCUGUGUGUCAAGCUUUAUCUCUCCUCACCAUCAUCUUUGCACCUCUUGCUGCUGUGAGGCCAAUGACCUAAAGUGGUGGAGUGGGAGUUGCUGCUGCACACAGAGUCGGCUUCUACUCAACUUAUACCCUGAUCCACUGGGCCGAUUACCUGGGUGGGGCUUGGUGCAGCCUGGGAUGCCCAUGCAUAGCCUCUAAAAACAAGCAGACAGCCAUACAGACCCCAUCAAGGUAAAACCCCAUGAGCUCUCAGCCUCUCGCUGCUAACAUUGGCAUUUUGUACAGCUCUGUUCUGAGUGUUCAAAGAGUUUUGCUUUUUCUCAGUUAAACCUUUCAACAGCCCUGCCAAGUAUUUUCAUACUUGCAAAUGAGAGAACUGAGGCAGAGAAGCAGUGGCUUCCCAAAGGCCACCUAAUGAGCUCCACAAAAGGAACUACUGCUGCAGACUGCAUGCAUAGAAAGGCGGACAGAAGCAUUUUUAGUAACACCUAACAAAUGACACCCUUAGGGCAGCUUUCGCAGUGUUUGCCAAUAGCUGGAAGGAGGAUGGUCCUGACCAAUCUCCUUUCUCCCAAAAUGUGAGCCUUCUCCCACUCGGUGUCCACUGGCUGUGGCGGAUUGGGCUUGUAGACCAAAACACCUGGAGGACUCCAGGUUGGGAAAGGCUGUGCUAUGCUAUUUACCUCCUGCUAUAACAGAGUUGUGCAAUUUUCACAGAUUACACGUUUAUAUCGUCUGACCUUUGCUUUCCUGCUGACUAAGCUAAUACAGCAUGGCAUGGCAGACAUAACUUGGGGCUUAAUCAAGGUGGAAAUAAAAGCUCUGUGCUAUGUGCAUAUCUGAAAAUCAAGGAAGGCAAAGUAUUAGUCACAGGAGUGGGGGAGAGCAAGCAAGAAAGUGCUUUGCUUUGCUUGAUUUAUGUUGCUGGAAUUCCCCAUACCCACCUCAAUUAUUAUGCAAAAGUCUGGAAUGGGGAGGACAAGAAAAGAGGAGAGGCACGAGGGACCUAUUUAUGCUUUCUGUAGAAUUGGCUUGUCUCUUGGUUGACUCUGCAGGGCAAUUUGUGGGUCUUGUGGAGAAAGCUACUCACCUGCUCACCUUCGGAGGGUGAGAACUACCUUCAGGCAACCAGGCAAAGGGAACUUCAGAAAAACUGGUUCUAAGCCGAGGAUGUGGAACAUGUGGCCUUUCAGGGGAUGCUGUACUCCAGCUUCCACCAUUUCUUAUCAUUGGGGGUGAUGGGACUUGUAGUCUCAUCUCAUCUGGAAGCUGAAGCUUCCCCAUCCCUCAUCUUAAAUCCCCAAAGGACUAACACAAGUGUACAUGGGCACCGAUGCAAUUUUGCCUGUAUUUUGUGCAUACUGUUGUUCCGCGGAAAGACUCAGCAGUGGACGCACCCCCGGCCUGUGGAAUUGCAACUUUCAGAGCUUCAUAGGAACACAAAGGAAAUAACAUACCUGGUAAAUGUUUUUCCCCUCCCCUCCUUUAAUUGCUUUAAGAUUUCACUGUCUGGAAAUCUUAGGAUAGCCUCAACUGAUCCAACACAACACACACAGCUUCAAUUUCUACAGUAAUUUGCCACUGUCAGUGGUUGGCCAACAGAAGUUGUCUUCUGUGUUUGACAUCACAGUGAUAUCACAUGUUAAAUCAUUUAGGGCAGCUGAGGAAUAAUUACAUGAGGCAGUUACCUCCUAGUUUCCCCUACAAUCUAGGGCAUGGGUCAGCAACCUUUUCCAGCCGUGGGCCGCUCCACUGUCCCUCAGACCAUGUGGUGGGCCGGACUAUAUUUUGGAGGAAAAUGAAUGAAUUCCUAUGCCCCACAAAUAACCCAGAGAUGUAUUUUAAAUAAAAGGACACAUUCUACUCAUGUAAAAAACAUGCUGAUUCCCAGACCGUCCGUGGGCCGGAUUGAGAAGGCAAUUGGGCCACAUCUGGCCCCUGGGCCUUAGGUUGCCUACGCCUGAUCUAGGGACUCUUUGGGCAAUAUUUUUAGGUUACCAUAAGGGGGAGCUUAGUAAAGAAUACAAUUUAUUUGUAUUCUGACUCCAUUCAAGAAAGAAGAGUUUCCUUUUACUCAUUCAAUUUUUGUGUAGGCUACAUCCACCUUAGUCAUUGUUACCCCUAGGGAACCCAGGGAACUGUAGUUUUCUGAAUAUUAUAUUGUCUUACAGCUCUGAAAUACUCCACCCAUUCCCUACAAACAAUAUUCCCAGGUUAUACUUGAGUCAGUUGGUAUUAGGAACACAAGAGAAGCCCUGCUGGGUCAGGUUGAUGGCCCACCUAGUCCAGCAUCCUAUUACCACAGUGGCCAACCUGAUGCCUCUGGGAAGCCCGUAAGUGGGACCCGAGAACAACAGGGCUCUCCAGCCACCUCCGGUACUAGAGGUAGUAUGCAGCCACUGUGACUAGCAGAUAUUGAUUGUAUCACCUUAAGUUUAUAAAGCCCCAAUUGCUCAUUUUCAGGUCUAUUUAUUUUAUAUAAACGGGUUUUUAUACAGCUUAACUACAAUAGUCUCCAAAUUCUUUGCAAAGGUACAAUACAAAAACAAAAAUUGGUUAAAACUAUAUAAUCAAACCACAAUUAAAAUGCAUGCUGGAAGAAAAUUAAAUAAAAAUAGGUGGUGCCGGUUCAGUAAGUGAAGAUCAGUGGCAAAAGCCACAGGGAGGAUUAAUUAUAGAUGCCGCUUCCUGCUUUAUGAUAUUUCUUACUAUCCCUUAGAGAAAGUUAAAAAAAGAGCUAUUUACUUCCCCUCUCUUUCAGGGCAGGAGGAUUAUGAUCGCCUACGACCACUUUCAUACCAGAGUACCAAUGUGGUUUUAAUAUGCUAUGAUGUCAUGAACCCUACUAGCUUUGAUAAUGUAUUAAUUAAGGUAAGAGACCUGUGUUGUAGAUGGUUCUGCAGUUAGUUAUUUGGCUACUAGCUUUUUUUAAAAAUAAUAAUAAUAAAGAUUUCUUAGUUUACAAAAGUAUGUGCAAUGUCUCUUUUUUCCAGUUGCGGUUUCUACAGAUCAGUUUCAUUUGUUGAGAGACAUUAGUGUUACAUUAGGAAGGCAAGGGGGAAAGAGGGGGAGGGGACAAUGGUGAGUGGGGUGGGGCCAGGUGGCAGUGCUUCUAUUCUUAUACUUAGUGUAUGUGUGGGGUUUUGCGUCAGCGUCAUUUGUGUGGGUUCUUUUACUAUUUGCUUGUUAUAUUUCCUUGGUGGCGAGAGAGGUUGGGUGUGGCCUAGGGUGGCUGUAGUGAAUUUGUUUGUAUGUGAGAUUGGGGUGGAUUUAGAGCACCAACUUUAUGAGAGAGCGCAUUUCACUGUCAAACAGUGAAGGUUCAUGCUGAUGUUCAGUCAGAAUCUCCUUUCUUGUAACUUGAAGCCAUUGGUUUGGGCAGAUUGGGCUCCUCAACCUGGGAAGGUAGCCCAUCUAGAAGCAAAACUCUGAUCCUCUGCUGCCUUGUGGGACAGCUUCAGGAGAAGAAAAGGCUAAGGAGUAAACCCUACACAAAUCUGGAGUCCCUAAGGUGGUUGGAUGACAUCUUGUAUGACUCUUUCCUGCAGCCAAGCUGGUGUCAAAUAUAUUGCUCUACUUUCCUUUGGAACACAUCAGUGAGGCCAAGAGGGGGGUCUUGACAUCUGGGCAGCCCAGGACCUCCAUACACACUGCCCAGGCUUCCAACCUGGAGAGGUCACUUCAGGGCUGCUAGUGCAGUGGUUUGACUUCACCCCCAGACACACACUCCAUUGUCUCUUGAGACGGAUGAAUGCGAACAAAAAAUCUGCUGUCUUAUUUUACUAUUAUUUUGAUGGCUUUUUUACCAGGUUGUAUAUUUGUUCCUUACAAAUUCUCCUUGAACAUAUGCCUUCUCUCUGUGUCUCAUGGCUCAGCAUCAGAAAUGUUUCCAUCUCUAUUUACAGUUUUGUUUGUCACAUCUAGCUGUUUAAACACUUUGAUCUCUCUCUGCCAGUGGUCCCAUGAGGUGAACCAUUUCUGCCGUGGAAUCCCCAUAGUACUUGUGGGCUGCAAAACAGACCUUCGGAAGGACAAAGAACAUCUACGGAAACUCCGCUCAGCUCAGCAGGAGCCAAUCACUUAUACUCAGGUAAAUACAGCUCUGUAAACUAGAUUCCAAACCUGUUGGCUAUAUAUAUAUGUGUGUGUGUGUGAGAGAGAGAAAGAGUGUUAUCUCCUUGGUGUUUACAGCAGUAGAAUACGUAACAUUUGCAGCCGGCAAGCACCAAACAAAAACAGUUCUACAACUAGGCAAAUAUGCAACAAGCAGACACACAAGCUCCCUGUUUGUUAUUAACAUAAAAACUCAGUUAAAAUAAUGCAUAUUUCUUAUUCUGGUUGCUUACCUUCGGCCUGACUCCUUCCUGAAAUCCUUUUGUUACUAUUACCUUUCAGGGUGAAGAAGCUUGUCGCCGGAUGAACGCAGACAUUUACCUCGAGUGCUCUGCCAAGUUUCGUGAAAACGUUGAGGAUGUUUUUAGAGAAACAGCUAACAUUGCACUGAACGCUAUCAAAAAGGCAAAGCGUCAGACAAAAUCGAGGCCAUGUUCCAUAUUAUGAUGUUAUCUGGUAUUUUCAGACUACAGAAAACAAAAGACUGUUUCUUCAGUAUUUUAAACCCUUCCCCCUUACCUUUUAAAUUGACUGCUCCUGUCUCUUUACUUGGAUAUUAAUGAGAAAAUCAACUUGUUUUCAUGCUGUAAGUUCUCCUUUUUGUUACACCUUCUCUUCUGAAGGUUGAGCUUUCAGCUAACUGUGGAACGAGCUCUUCUGUAUAUAGAUUCUGGAAGAAAUUUCCAGGGUGUUUCAAAUGUACUUGUUGAGGAACAAUUAAGGUAAGGUAUUGUAGGUCCAACUUUUUGCCAUUUUUAAAUACACAAGUUCUUGCUUGCUUAAAAACAACAACAACCAAACAAAAACAAACUAGAAAUAAUGGGUUGUAGCCGUAUAUGUUCUACUCUGCACAGACCUACUGAAACUAAUGGACCCAAGUUAGUCAUGUGAAUUAACUUCAAUUGAGCUACUCCGAGCAGGACUAACAUUGGCUACAACUCAGUCUCUGCUCUGAUAAAACAGCUGUAACAUUUGCAGAAUUAAACAGUUCAUUUUCUACCCUUUUCGUGGUGGCAACAUUAAAGGUACUGUGGUUUUUUUAGCGGCCACAACCUUACCUUGUGGCAUAUUGGAAACCCUUCAGAAGAAGCUGUAGCAAGAUUCCAGCUAUCAAAGAACCUAUGUGGCUAAGUAACAGAUUACUCAGGUCCAAUGAAUGGUCUAGGACAGGUAUGGGGACCCCGUGGCUCAUCCCAUAGGAUACUCUUGCAAUCCACCUUCUGUAAACCAUAAAUACCGAUUUUUGAAAUUGCUUUUGUUUAUUUCACUUUGUACUGACUAUCUACCUCAAAAUUGCCCUUCUAAAAAUACAGCGCUGUCUUAAGUUGAAAGCCAA